AUGACAAUGGAGGAUCCAAGUUGUGAAGAGUUUAAGAAAGAAGGUACUUGUGCUCUGUUUUAUUAUUAUGAACAAUUAUCUUAA